UUAUCGCCGGAGUUUUUGAACAUGGACGGGAUUCUUGCAGCUGUUCCAUUUGCAAUGUGUGUCUCUCUACGCAGUUCUUGUCGGAAUCGGGAUAAUGCUGAAUCCAUAUAUCAUUUUCCCAGCAAAUCCUCGAAUCGAGUUUCAGUGUUUCAAACUGGGAACUACGUUACUUCUCAAAGAGGCAAUUCGUUGCUUAAAAAGCGACAUUACAGUGAAAUUUCCCGUGUGAUCGUAAAAUCCGCCGCUUCUUCAGUUGGAAAUGUAGACGAGUACGCUGAAGAAAUGGCUACAAGUGUAAAGUUUCAGAGAUCAGUGACAUUACCGGGUUGUUCUAGCCCAUUGUCUUUGCUUGGCACUGGGUUUAGGGAGAAAAAGUUUGCUAUCAUCGAUGUCAAAGUCUAUGCUGCGGGUUAUUAUGUGAAUGAAUCUAUCUUGAGCGGGUUAAGCGCUUGGAAAGGGCGGUCUGCUGAUGAGAUCCAGAGAGAUUCAUCACUGUUUAGUUCCAUUUUUGAAGCUCAAGCAGAGAAAUCUUUGCAGAUUGUUCUUGUGAGAGAUGUUGAUGGUAAAACCUUCUGGGAUGCAUUGGAUGAAGCCAUUUCCCCAAGAAUCAAAUCUCCAUCUUCUGAUGAUACAACCGCUCUCUCUAUAUUCCGCGGGAUCUUCCAAAACAGACCUCUCAACAAAGGAAGUGUCAUACUCUUGACUUGGAUCAACACUUCUAAAAUGCUUGUUUCUGUUUCUUCGGGAGGAUUGCCAACGGAUGUGGAUGCAACGAUCGAGUCAGGUAAUGUUACAUCUGCUCUAUUCGAUGUGUUCUUUGGGGAUUCUCCAGUUUCUUCUACAUUGAAAUCCUCGGUAGCUAACCAAUUAGCUAUGACCCUUGUGUAAAAGUAAAGACCAUGUUGUAAUUGUAUAUCAUGAAUCUUGCAAUGUGUUAAUUAAUCUCUGUUUAUGUUAUCUUCUUAACCAGAUAAAGUUAGCCAACAUGA